GUUCUAAAAGUGCCUUUUACCGACCAUUAAUACCCAAUUCCUCCUUCAGACCUUCGUCACUCGCUUAAACCACUUGUGACUAGGUCGUUGAUGAGUGCGUCCACAAUGGCGCCAACCCAGCAGGCACUCGCCGCUGCAGCGAUGUCAGAGCCGCCGCACUUCGUCUUGGUCCCUCUUGCGGCGCACGGCCAUCUCAUCCCAAUGGUCGACCUCGCGCGCCUCCUCGCGUCCCGCGGUGCGCGGGUGAGCCUGCUCACCACGUCCUUGAAUGCUAGGCGGUUGCGCGACGGCGGAGUCACCGACAAGGCCGCUCGCGCGAAGCUCCUGCUGGAGGUCGUCGAGCUCCCGUACUCGCCUGCCGACUACGGCCUGCCACCGGACUGCCAGAACGCCGACAUGAUCGCCAACAACGCCCAGAUGCUCCCCUUCUUUCUCGCCCUGCGCGAUCUUGCUGGCCCGUUUGAGGCCUACGUGCGCGCACUGGUGCCGCUUCCGAGCUGCAUCAUCUCCGACUGGUGUAACUCGUGGACAGCCGGCGUCGCCGCUUGCCUCGGCAUCCCGCGGCUGUUCUUCCAAGGGCCGUCGUGCUUCUUCUCGCUCUGUGACCUCAACGCCGCUGCGCACGGGCUGCACGAAGACCGGGAGCCGCACGUCGUGCCCGGCAUGUCGAUGUGCGUAAAGGUGGGCAACCGCAGGGCCCACGGCUUCUUCACCUCACCGGGGUGCAAUGAGCUGCGUCAAGACGCCGUUGCGGCCAUGCGUACGUCCCACGGUGCGGUGAUCAACACCUUCCUGGACCUCGAAGAAAAGUCUGUCGCCUGCUACGAGGCUGCUCUCGGCAAGCCCGUGUGGGCGCUCGGCCCCUUGUGCCUGCACAACCGUGACGGCGACGACAUGGCGUCGCGCGGGGGCGACAAGGGCGGCGUCAGUGAGAGGGCGAUCGUCGCGUGGCUGGACAAGCAAGCGCCGGACUCUGUCGUAUAUGUCAGCUUCGGCAGCGUCGCACGGAAGCUCCCCAAGCAGCAGUUCGAGAUUGGCCACGGCCUGGAGCACUGUGGCAGGCCUUUUCUCUGGGUUGUGAAGGAGUCCGAGCUGGCCUCGCCGGAGUCUCGUAUGUGGCUAGAGAACCUGGAGGCGCGCACGUCUGGCCGGGGUCUUGUGGUGCGCGGCUGGGCGCCGCAGCUCGCCGUCCUGUCGCACCGCUCCGUGGGGGGAUUCGUCACGCACUGCGGUUGGAACUCGGUGCUGGAGUCCAUCGCGCACGGCGUGCCGGUCUUAACGUGGCCACACUUUGCCGACCAGUUCCUGAACGAGCAGCUGGCUGUGGACGUGCUCGGGGUCGGCCUCCGGAUUGGCGUCACGAUGCCCAUUAUGAUCCUGAACGACGACGCGGCCGCGCCGGUGCUGCGUGGCGACAUCGCGCGCGCGGUGUCAGAGCUCAUGCAGGGUGGGGAGGAGGCCGAAGAGAGGAGGAGGAAGGCCAAGGAGUACGGCGCGAAAGCACGGAGGGCCAUGGAGAAAGGAGGCGAUUCGUAUGAAAGGCUUACGCAGCUAAUCGAAAGCUUCAGGCAUGCUGGAGGCAAAGAACAUUGCAGCGGCGUGACCGCGUGAAUAUUGGUCAAUUGCACGUAGUAGUCUAGUAGAUCCUUCAAAUCACUGCAUUGAUGUGGGAAUUUCGAGUGUAAUCAUGUCGCUCGAUGUGUAUGUGUUCGUGUGAACGAAGCGUGACAGCUCUUGCUUUU